AUGAUUAAAGUGGACCUGUCACCUAAAAUAGCUGAGCCCUGUAGUUAUGUAGGGGUCGUUGGAUGGAACCACGACACGCAGCAGGAACAUCACAAAAUCACGGGGAGCUAUCAGAAUGAUGGCCUAAUUGUUGUUAAAGUUGAAAUGAAAGAUGAGGAAGAAGACGAGAGGGAUCUGAAGAGCGAUGAGCCAUGUAAGGAGAAGAACGUUUCUCCAGAGACCAGCACAGAUGGAUCUAGUAACAGGAACACACCAGAGAGAUGUCCAAGCCCUGUUUCUUCCCAGGACUCCACACAGGAAGAUCAAACCACCUCAGAUGAGUAUCAGGAUGAAAAUCUGGUGGCUAUCAAAGUUGAAGUCAAAGAUGAUGGAGACGAUGAGACCGCGAGGACCACCAAACAUUGCAAGGAGGAGGAACGUUCUCCAGAGAUCAGCACAGGCCGACGCACCAGAAGUAACCCAGAAGGACGUUCAAUUGUCUCCCCAGACGGUGAUCUAGAAGACGACGGCGUCACAACGGUCACUCUGGGAGAAAUUACCCCCAAUGUACAGCCGGGACAUUGCAAAGGGGUAAAGUCACUUUCAUGUACUGUAUGCGGAAAGCGCUUUGUCCGAAGAGUCCCACUGCUGAAGCAUAUGAGGUCCCACAAGCUAGAGAGGCCGUAUUCGUGUUUGGAGUGUGGUAAAUGCUUCGUACAGAAGGUCCACCUUGUUGUCCACCAAAGAAUUCACACGGGGUUAAAGCCAUACACGUGCCCCGAGUGUGGCAAAAGCUUCACCCAGAAAGCUUCCCUGGUCCACCAUCAGAGCUCCCACCGCGGUGUGAAGGCCUUCAAAUGCUCCGACUGCGGGAAGUCUUUCCGGCAGAAGUUCUCACUCCUCAAACACCAACGUAUGUAUAUGCAAGAGAAACCAUAUUCCUGCUCUGACUGCGGGAAAUGCUUUGCAUCCAAGUCAACGCUCCUCGGCCACCAGAAGACCCACACGGGUGAGAAACCGUUCGCCUGCCCGCAGUGCGGGAAGUGCUUUGCUACAAAGUCCACUUUGGUCAUCCAUCAGAAGACUCACAUGGAGCAGAAGCCGUACGAGUGUUCCGAAUGCGGAAAAUGCUUCGCCCAGAAGACCAACCUGCUCAUCCAUCAGACCAUCCACACGGGAGAGAAGCCAUUCUCCUGUACGGAAUGCGGCAGGCGGUUUGCUCAGAAGUCACGCCUGAUUAGCCAUCAGAGGAGGCACACUGGAGAAAAGCCAUACUCGUGUCCAGAGUGUGGAGAAAAGUUCGCUACAAAGUCUUCCCUCAGCGCCCACCAGAGGAUCCACACCAACAACCUCUUCUCCUGCCCGGACUGUGGAAAGGGCUUCAUAUACAAGUCAAAUAUGGUCAAACACCGGAAGACACAUGCCAAGGAGAAGCCACACGCGUGUUCAGAAUGCGCCAAGUCCUUCACGCAGAAAUCCGGCCUCAUUCGGCAUCAGAGAGUUCACGCCGGAAAGAAGCUCUUUUCAUGUGCGGACUGCGGCAAGAGCUUCAACUGGAAGUCGUCUCUCAUCUGCCAUCAGAAAAGUCACCAAGGCGACAACCCUUAA